GGGAGUGCGUCAAUUAGUUUGAAAUAGCCUGAAAUAAGAUCUAUUAAGAUCAAUGGAGAGUAAUAUACCGUUUAAAUGGCGUGAAUCUAAGAGAAUACCGCAUUUAAAGCCAAGUUCAAGGAAUAGUCCGAAGUUUGUUGAUCAUACAAGCGUUGGUAGUUGCGUAGCUAUACCGGAAGAUUUCGUCGUUAAUCAUCGCACGCCAAUAGUUGAGAAUACAACAAAAGUAAUACACAAACCAGUACAUUUACCAAAGAAACCAUUCUUUCCGGAUAGAAAGUCGAGUUUACAGAAAGCAAACGAUGAGAAUGAUAAGAUAGAUAAUAAGAGCAUUACAAAGCAUAAUAGACUACCUUCUAGUUACAUGCCUUUAGAAAUAAAGGAAGAGAUAAAGAUGGACAAAGACUGGGCAACUAAUUUACUCAAUGACGCAUUCAGAAUAUAAGAAAAUAGCUAAAUAUACCCAUUUUUAAUAGGAUUAUUGUACAUUAGUUUCUUUUUUGGUGAUUUCAUUAAUU